AAAAUGUAAACCUCAUUAAGAUUAAGAUUAAUUUAGAGCUCCGCUGCUUGCACUGAGUUAAAAGAAAGUUUGUUAGUGAUUGGGACACCCAAGUUGGGUGGUAGUGGAAAGCCUGGCGAAUUUUUAAGUCUUUCCAAGGCUACAAAUGUGGCGGUGGAAGCUGGUGAGAUUCUUCAGAUUUUCUGUUCUUCUUGUGUACUCUCACUGUCUAUUAAGAUGAUUGUUUUGAGUACACUUGCAGAAUUAAAAAAAAAAAGAAAUAAAGUGGGGCAUCGCCAACAAGACCAUAUUUUCCAGGAAGAGCAGAUUUCCCUGAAGAUGUUCAAGCUGUCGUACCGGAACCACGAAACACACGGUCCUGGGCAGCACGGAGGACUGACCGUAACACCGCCACGAGGCACAGGCGUCCUGCUCCCUCCCCGGUCGGCAAGAAAGCCUAUUUUGCUUCCCGCCCCUUUCCUCUUGCUGCUUCUAAUCCUUUUCCCCUCUGCCAGUUCCGGAAGGGAACCCUUUCAAAAUCUCUUUCAAAUUGAAGCGUGGGAGCAAUUUCGUCGACACCAUCCGGAAUGGUCAACAUGGCGGCGGCCGUGAGAUGCCUCGGUAGAGGUAAAGCAAUGAAUUGUCGGGGCUUGCGGGGAAAAGAUGUCUGGCGCAGAGUCUCUUGCUGCCGCCGGAAUCUCCUAGUUGUGAUACAGCAUCAAAGACAUAGUCUUUCCAAGAUGACUAAUCAGACACCUCGCUAUCCUUGCUCUGUAUGUGUUCAGGUGCCCAACAGAUAUUUUGCUGCUGCUACGAAGCCUGCAAAGAAAACAAAAAAAGAUGCCAAAGAAAAAGUAUCAGAUGAAAAAAAAGAUGAGAUAGAAAAAAUAAAGUCAUAUCCCUUUAUGGAAGGUGAACCUGAGGAUGACGUCUACUUAAAACGCUUAUAUCCGAGGCAGAUAUAUGAGGUGGAGAAAGCUGUUCACUUACUUAAGAAAUUUCAAAUUCUGGACUUUACAAAUCCAAAGCAAGGUGUUUAUCUUGAUUUGACACUGGAUAUGGCACUGGGGAAGAAGAAAAAAGUGGAGCCAUUUUCCAGUGUCCUUAGUUUUCCAUACCCAUUUGCUUCAGAAAUGAAUAAAGUUGCUGUAUUUACAGGGAAUGCAUCAGAAAUUAAAAUAGCAGAAGAAAAUGGAGCUGCGUUUGCAGGAGGAACUAACCUGAUUCAGAAGAUUUUGGAUGAUGAAAUUCAGCCAGACUUUUAUGUAGCUGUUCCAGAAAUAAUGCCCGAGCUUAAUCCAUUAAAGAAGAAACUGAAAAAAAGAUUUCCAAAGCUUAGUCGAAAUUCCAUUGGCCGUGACAUCCCCAAAAUGCUUGAAUUAUUUAAAACUGGACAUGAAAUUAAGGUAGAUGAAGAAAGGGAGAAUUUUCUCAAGACAAAAAUAGCAACACUGGAUAUGUCAGGUGACCAGAUAGCUGCCAAUCUGCAAGCGGUUAUCAAUGAAGUUUGUAAGCACAGACCACUGAAUUUGGGACCCUUUGUGGUACGAGCUUUUCUUCGUAGUUCGACAAGUGAAGGUUUGUUACUAAAGAUCGAGCCAUUGUUGCCUAAAGAAGUAGAAACCAAAGAAAGUAACAAAGAAGCUGCCUAAAAGUGUUGUGUUGUGAAAUUAUUUUUAGUGGACUAAGAAUUCACAGAAAAUUAUAAAACUCUAUAAUUUCUAUGUUUGGUGUUUUGUUAUUUCUUGAUCAUCAUACUUGAAAGUAGAUUUUAGCACUGGAAAAUCUUAACACUUUCAAAAGUAAGAAAAUAAAAUUUUCUCUGUGUCUGAA